AUGGAGGGAGACGUUAUGGACAAGCUGGAGGACAUGUCAUCGGUGUACGACUUCGACCCGAUCACCGGCAACAUCCCCGCCACCAAAGUAGAAAUCACCGUCUCCUGCAGAAAUCUGCUGGAUAAAGACACAUUCUCCAAGUCAGAUCCAUUAUGCGUGCUCUAUACGCAAGGUGUGGAAACCAAACAGUGGAGAGAGUUUGGCAGAACGGAGGUGAUAGACAACACCCUAAACCCAGACUUUGUUAGAAAGUACAUCUUGGACUACUUUUUUGAGGAGAAACAGAACCUUCGCUUCGACUUGUACGAUGUGGACUCCAAGAGUCCAGACCUGUCCAAACAUAAAGACUUUUUGGGGCAGGCGUUCUGUACUCUUGGCGAGAUUGUUGGAUCACCAGCCAGUCGACUGGAGAAACCACUGGGAGGGAUCCCAGGGAAGAAAUGUGGUACUAUCAUCCUGUCUGCAGAGGAGCUGAGCAAUUGUCGAGACAGCGCCACUAUGCAGUUCUGUGCCAAUAAGCUGGACAAGAAGGACUUCUUUGGCAAGUCGGACCCUUUCAUGGUCUUCUACAGAAGCAACGAGGAUGGAACGUUUACGAUCUGCCAUAAAACAGAGGUGGUGAAGAACACAUUAAACCCAGUGUGGCAGCCUUUCACCAUCCCAGUACGAGCGCUCUGCAACGGAGACUACGACAGAACAAUCAAGGUGGAGGUGUAUGACUGGGAUCGGGAUGGCAGGUGUUCUCACUGGUGUUUCUCCACCUUUAUUCCUUCUCCCAGCCACGACUUCAUCGGGGAUUUUACGACCAGCUACCGAGAGCUUGCUCGAGGGCAGAGCCAGUUCAAUGUGUACGAGGUUAUUAAUACCAAGAAGAAAAUGAAGAAAAAGAAAUAUGUCAACUCUGGAACAGUGACCCUGCUCUCAUUCUCAGUGGAGUCAGAGUUCACAUUCUUGGAUUACAUCAAAGGAGGGACUCAGAUCAAUUUCACUGUGGCCAUCGAUUUUACAGCAUCUAAUGGUAACCCCUCUCAGUCCACUUCACUGCACUACAUGAACCCGUACCAGCUGAACGCCUACGCCAUGGCCCUGAAGGCUGUCGGGGAGAUCAUUCAGGACUACGACAGUGACAAGAUGUUCCCCGCUCUGGGCUUUGGAGCCAAACUGCCCCCUGAUGGACGGGUGUCACAUGAGUUCCCCCUGAAUGGAAACAUGGAAAAUCCGUACUGCAAUGGUAUCGAAGGCAUCUUAGAGGCAUACCAUCAGAGUCUGAAGACAGUGCAGCUGUACGGGCCAACUAACUUUGCUCCUGUGGUGAACCAUGUGGCCAGGUAUGCAGCUGCGGUGCAGGAUGGCUCUCAGUACUUUGUGCUCCUCAUCAUCACAGACGGCGUCAUAUCUGACAUGGCCCAGACCAAAGAGGCCAUUGUAAAUGGUGCAAAGCUUCCCAUGUCCAUCAUCAUAGUUGGAGUGGGUCAGGCUGAGUUUGAUGCUAUGGUGGAGCUGGAUGGUGACGACAUCAGGAUCUCAUCCCGAGGGAAACUGGCAGAAAGGGACAUUGUUCAGUUUGUUCCCUUCAGAGAUUACAUGGACCGGACAGGCAACCACGUGUUAAGCAUGGCACGGCUCGCCAAAGACGUGCUAGCAGAGAUCCCCGAUCAGUUCAUCUCCUACAUGAAGAGCCGAGGGAUCAAACCCAACCCGGCGCCACCCCCCUACACGCCACCUGGACACACACACCACCACACACAGAUCUGAAGCUCCCUCUACCA